AUGGGUAAAGAGCAGGACAGCGUACCAUCUAAGAGGGACAAUGAAUCCCCAGAAGCCCAUCAAUACCAAGCUGGUUCCACCACAGACCGCCCGGAGGAUGAGUGGAAACACCGCGAGCCAUACCGUCUCCACGGCAAAGAUGAGGACUUCCCAGUUAAAUGGGAGGAGAUUACAUGGAGUAAGUUACGCCUGUCUACCCCGGUCACACUGCUGCCGGUGUUCUUUUAUGAUUUGAGGACACUCUCUGAUGGUUCAUUCGUUUUCAAGGCACCCUUUCAAUGGGCUGCCAUCUUUCACAAGUCGGAUAUCAACUUCACAAAUGGCCACCACGACCUCGGCUGGUAUGACCCGACUGCAAAAUCCACCACACAUCACCUUCCUUGUAAGGUCUCUUGUGCCUAUUGCCGUGCUCCUAUAAUGGACGAAGGGCGAAACAUGAUUCUCUUAUUUCCCCCACUUAUCAAGGACAUCAACACCCCGGCUGGCCGAGAGGCUUUCAGACCAACCUGCCACAUGUUCUACCCACAGCGAGUGGCCAGCUUCAAGGGCGAUGGGAUUGUGAAGUGGAAGGGAUUGGACAACAUGAGUGAUCUGCUGGAUGAUGACGAGAAUGUUCUGGUGAAAUGGGAGGAAAACAUGGACGACAAAAAGAUGGAACAGAAAAAGAGGGAGUUCCUGGAGUUUACGCAGCGUGAGGAGGUCAAGAGAGUGAAAAAGUCAGAUGGAUAA